UCUCGAGUGUAGAAAAUGGCUGCUGCGCUCUCCGCUACUACGGGUUCGCGCGAAUGUAAAUACGGCCUGUUGUGGCUCGUUAUCGCUGUGUUAAUUUCUAAAAAUACUGGUGUGGCUGGAAUAGAGUGUUAUUGUGACGGCUACUGCAGUGAUGAUCAGCAAAACGGAACAUGCAAACUUGGUCCAGGAAGUUUCUGCUUCAGCGCAGUUGACGAAGUGUGGGACCGAGAUCUCGGAGAGUACGUGCCAGAAUAUUCCUUCGGUUGCUUAUCUCGAGACGAUGAAAGCGCUUUCAUGCAGUGCAAAGGAAACGUGAUACCGCGUUUGAAAACCAAGACUGUAAUCUGCUGUAAUAGUACUGAUUUAUGCAACAGAGAUGUGUUUCCUGAUUACAUUGCGCCUUCUACGCCAGCACCCAAUCCAGCCUCCAUGAAAACUGGAGGUCCGCUGAUAAUAAUUGCCGUCACAAUGUCGGCCUGCUGCGUCGCAAUUAUCAUAGCAGUCGUAUUACUGUACCGUAAAUAUGGACGCAGAGAACGCGAUCCUUGUCUGGUGUCCUCCCAGGGAACCCUCAAAGACCUGAUCGAACACAGCUCUGGUUCUGGAUCAGGUCUUCCAUUGCUCGUGCAACGGACGAUUGCUAAGCAGCUCGCGUUGUCCCAGUGCGUUGGCAAAGGCCGUUUCGGCGAAGUCUGGUUAGCACGUUGGCGCGGUGAAAAAGUCGCUGUCAAGGUAUUUUUCACACUUGAAGAAGCCUCGUGGUUCCGCGAAACGGAAAUCUAUCAGACUGUUCUUAUGAGACACGACAAUAUUCUGGGAUUCAUUGCUGCGGACAUCAAGGGAACUGGUACUUGGACGCAAAUGUUGCUGAUAACAGAUUACCAUGAACGUGGAUCACUUCAUGACUAUCUGCAGACAACGGUCCUGGAUCAUCAGACUCUCUUUACAAUCUGUCUGUCCAUAGCAUCCGGAAUAGCUCAUCUCCAUACGGAAAUUUUUGGUACCCGCGGCAAACCUGCGAUCGCACAUCGCGAUAUUAAGAGUCGAAAUAUCCUUGUAAAGAGGAACGGCGAGUGUGUUAUCGCUGAUUUCGGUCUCGCCGUCCGGUUUCUCAGCGAUACCGGGGAGAUAGACAUCGCCCCCAAUACUAGAGUCGGGACCCGGCGAUACAUGGCGCCAGAAGUCUUAGACGAAAGUCUCAAUACCACGUCAUUCGAUGCUUUUAAAAUGGCUGACAUGUAUUCCGUGGGACUGGUGCUGUGGGAGGUGUGUAGAAGAUGCGUAUCCGGUGGUAAAGUAUCCACUGCGGAGCCUUACGGUCUGCCUUAUCACGAUGUCGUACCAAGUGAUCCUAAUUUCGAGGACAUGAGACUCGCUGUCUGUGUUAAGAGGCUCAGGCCAGUUAUCCCUACACGCUGGGAACAUGAUCCGGUUCUUUCCGCUUUGAGCAAAGUCAUGACUGAAUGUUGGCAUGGCAAUCCAGCAGUGAGAUUGACCGCCCUCAGGGUCAAAAAGUCUCUGUCGAAACUUCACAUCGACAAUGCCAUCAAAAUAGUUUAGUCUAUUAGUUAUUAAUUAAUUAAUUAAUUAUUUUAUACUGUAAAUAUUUAACGAGAUUUAGCGUUUAAAUCUCAUCAUUUUUUUAUCAUUUACCUAGAUUUUAAUUAUUCAUGUUCAAGUCCCGUGUAAAUAGUUGUGACCAUGAAAAAAAAAGAAAAAAAAUGUAAAUAGGAUUGCGAGACUGCAGACGAAGAAGACUGAGGUUACACUUAAAAGAAAAAAAAAUGUAACGUAUGCGUGAGUUUGUUUUGAAUGCAAUUAAUUAUUAUAUUUUUUUUUUAUUGUACAUACAAUUGUUUUGCGCGAUAGUAUUGCAAUGGUCUUUAAAUUUAUUUUUAUUUAAAUGAGAAUAAAAAUAAAUAUUUUAUAUUAAGGUACUGCUAAAUAUUUAAAAAAAUUUUUUGAAUAUUUUAUCGGUACUAUGUGAAUAAUUAAUUUCAAAUAACGCGCCUACUCGAGAGGUUCGAUCUGUCAUGAGACAGUUUUGUAAUUAUUUUGAAAUAUCGGGAAAAAGUUUAUUUUAUUUAUCAAUAAAAUAAAUUAUUUUUUUUUUUUCGUGUCCUGAUUUAUCGAACUUUCUCUCGACUGCGGUAAUUAUUGUUAUCUAAUUAUUAAUUCAUUAAGAAUUAGUUUGUAACUUUUUUUUUUAUUGAUUAAUUAUUAAUAAUUGUCAGGUAACUACCGACCGAUGCAGGAUACUCACGGACUUAUUAUAUUAAUAAUAAUAAUUAACAAUUGCUGCCUAACUGAUGGACUUGAUAACUUUAAUAUUUAAAAAAAAAAAAUAAGAAAAUUUAUUUUCUUGAGCUUUUGCUCGGCUCUAAGUCCACGUCAUAGUACAAUUCUAAUUGUUUUUUGUUUUUUUAACAUGUACAGAGCAACGCGAUUGCUAAUUGCCGAGUUUGUAAAAAGUUUAAAAUUUCUGUAGUCUUAAUUAAAACCUUCGGUCGUAACAAAACAUUGUUUUAUAUUUUUUUUACAAGUUUAAUUACUUGUGAUGUUGUUAAAUAUUGCGCUAAAUAUAUGUAAUUUUAUUAUGUAUAAAAUUAAAAAAGAAACAAAAAAAAAACAAAUUAAAAUU